CUCAACAGGAACUGUGGGCUAGUUAUUCAAUAUGAACAUCAAAUAGGCAACAAUGAUGAAAAUGAAAAUAAAUUGAUUCCAUUUUUAUUUGACUGAUGAUGAUGUCUAGUUGAUGGACAGGCUACUACGAUGAUGAUGAUGUUGACCUGAAAACUGGUGGUGAACUGUUAGUAGGCUAAAACGGAGGAGAUGGGAAGAGAGAGAGAGCGAGUGUACAUGAUGAGAGAUUAAGACAGUGGUCUUAUUAUUGGAGCGCGAGAGGGAGAGAUGCGACAACAGCGUUUGCCCUGUUCACAUUUGACUCAGUGUGACUCUUGUCACUAGAGACGGGCAGAUACGACGAGAGGAAAGAAACUUCAGACAUUAUUCAAAGAUCGACCUCUGAAGGGAGUUCAACCCUCCGUGGGAAACUGAACGAGACAUUCUGCAAGAGGGGGGGGGAGGGGGGAAACAGCAGAGAGGAGCUGUGAACAGAUAGAGAAAGAUAUUCAACGCGGCGCCUGUCCUCCAUCUCAGUGUGAAGGGCACGUAAUGGAAGAGUGAGAGGGAGGAUACAAGGAAAGAGAAAUAGAGAGAAUGAAGACAGCCGGAAAACAAGUGUUUCCUUGCACCAAGCAUCACUCAAACUAGGACAUCUCACCACAGGACAAGAUGAUCACCAGGAAUCUGCUCCUAUUGGUCUCACUGUGUCUGUGGGAGGAGCUUAUGGGAGAAGGUUCAGCCACUAAGAUUGUCAGGAGAAGAGGGGUGGGCGGGACUCACCUGCUGAAGCUAGGGGAGAACAGAAUAGCGGACCAAUGGGAUUCAAGCGUGAAUUCAAACGUGAUGCCCAUGGUGACUCUUAGAAACUCAAUUGGUCAUGACCUGGGUGAUGAUAGUGGCUUUAUCUCUCACCCCAAAAUACCCCAGAAUCAUGCAGCCAUACCAUCUAAUAAGGAGAGGCAGGCUUUUAAACCUAAUCCAGUUCUGGACAUGGAAGAAAACCCUAUCAAAAAAGGAGAAUCAACUCUGUCACCCAAUAACAGGGAAUCGGUCCAGGAGAAAGAACUUAAAAAGAUCAAGAACAGUACAAAUAAUGCUGGGACUCCCACCAAAACAGGGAGGAUGGAGAAAGUAUUCCUAGUUCACCAUAGACCAGACCUACACUCCAAUAGAACCAGAUUCAAAUCCAUUUCCCGAUCCAGAGUGAGACCAGAUCUGAGCAUUCACACCACAGGGCUGCAAGGCAAAGGACUCACUAUGGAUUCAACCAGAAAAUUAAAUGUGACCGGCAGCUACAGUGUCCUAAAACUGCUGUCAAAAGAGAACCUGGUGAUGAUUGUGAACUCACAGAUGCAGAGUGUUCCGAGUCUGAAUGAUCUUCAGAGCAAGAGCAGUCGAAGCAGAAAGAGAGAUUUGAUUGAUGUGGAUCACAGCCCGAUGGAGGCCCUAAAAUUACAGAAGCAAGAUUUGGCUGUUACUCAAAACCACUUUGCAUUGGAUAAUCCAACUGCACUGCCGCAUAUAAACCCUGUCACAAAUCCUGAUCCAAGUCUAGAAAAGGCUGUUCACACUUUAAGUGAAGUCACUCUAGAUUCUGGUGUGGGAAAAGACAACUCUGAGAUGAGGGCUGCAGAUAGUACAGUCACUUGGAAGAGCAAACACACCUCUCACCCUCUGUCAACACCUAUGAAUGAGGUCAGUCUCCACACUGACAGGGAGGUGACCAUCGGUAAGACCAGUAAGACUGACCCUCCGGCCCUGACCAAGCAUCUACCCUCAAGCAUCUCUUCUCAGACAAAUGCUGGCCCUCCCUCAGUGUUCACCUCACAGCCCCAGGUAGAGGGGACUGGGAGUGUGGCAGGGGAUUCCCAAAAGGAGAGUUUUCUUCACACAGCCGCACCAGGACUCAAAAUCAACAGCCCGAUUGCCACUCAAGACCCUGAAGGUGGCGCCAUAGAGCCAAUCGAUAGCAGCCAUGUCCUCAAACUCCACCCAGACACACACUGGGGCUUCAACCAGGACAAGGCAGCCGGUGGGGGGAUGACAGUUGAGUCCCAUCCCGGGAAUGGGCGGGGCCUGGUGUUCCAAGAGGCGGAUGAGGAGGAGGGCCGUGGUCAAAUGGAUGGGGAGGGGGCUCGGUCACGCAGCAGGAGGAGUUGGAUCUGGAACCAGUUCUUUGUGAUUGAAGAGUACAGCGGGCCUGAACCGGUGCUCAUCGGACGGCUGCACACUGACAUGGACCGAGGUGAUGGACGCACCAAGUACGUGCUGAGGGGCGAGGGGGCGGGGGCGGUGUUUGUGAUUGACGAGAAGACGGGCAACAUCCAUGUCACCAAGCCCCUGGACCGCGAGGAAAAGGACGAGUACCGCCUCAUCGCCACAGCAACCGACCGGCAGACCGACCGGGCCCUGGAGCCCUCGUCCACAUUCAUCAUCAGAGUGCAGGACAUCAACGACAACCCACCUCUGUUUGAGGAAGGGCCCUACAGCGCCACAGUGCCUGAGAUGGCCAACAUAGGUACUUCUAUAAUCCAGGUGACAGCGACAGAUGCUGACGACCCAACCUAUGGGAACAGUGCCAGACUGGUGUACACACUGGUGCAGGGACAGCAGUUCUUCUCUGUGGACCCACAGACAGGUAUACUGCGCACAGCGGUGCCUGAUAUGGACAGGGAAACCCAGGACCGGUACCUGGUUGUUCUGCAGGCCAAGGACAUGGGGGGCCAUCUGGGAGGUCUCUCAGGGACCACCACUGUCACCGUGAGGCUGAGUGAUGUCAACGACAACCCCCCUCGCUUCACACAGAGUAUGUGGUCGUUCUCUGUGUCCGAGCUGGCUGUUCCGGGGGCCGAGGUGGGCCGUAUCUCGGCAACAGAUGCUGACCUGGGCGACAAUGCCAAGCUGGAAUAUACCAUCCUGGAGGGAGAGACGGGGAACACCUUCAACAUCAGCGGAGCGAACCAAGAGGCUGUGAUCACACUGAACAAGGCUGUGGACUAUGAGAGUCGUAGCUCCUACUCUUUCUCCGUGGAGGUGUUGAACCCCAUGGUGGACCCUCGUUUCCUCCGCCGCGGGCCCUUUAAGGACCGCGCCUCCAUCCGGGUGGCCGUGCUGGACGCAGACGAGCCGCCCCGCUUCUCCCGGGCUCGCUACCGUAUGGAUGUGUCGGAGAACUGCCCUCCCGCCUGCACUGUGGGACGGGUUAGUGCUGUGGACCCUGAUACUGGACUCACCAAUAACAUCAGGUUCUCUAUUGAUCCCCAGUCAGAUCCAGAGGCUCUGUUCCGUAUCACCCCGGACAGCGGCCUCAUCACCACGGCCAUGGAGCUGGACCGUGAGCGCGAACAAUGGCACAACAUCACCGUCAUCGCCACACAGAGAGACAACCCCAGCCAGGUGUCCAGAGUGGUGGUGACCAUAGAAACGCUGGACCUGAAUGACAAUGCUCCCGAGCUGGACAGAAAAUACACAACAGCAAUGUGUGACUCGUCAGCCACCGGACAGGUGGUGCAGGUGUUGCGUGCGAUUGAUAGAGAUGAGGGAGGGAAUGACAGCGCUGUCUAUUUCAGCAUCCCUCCAGAGUCCAGCGUCGCCCUCAACUUCAGCAUCAGGGACAGUGGAGGCCCCACCGCCACCCUGUUGCUCUUGUCGCCCCUGCAGCCCCUCUCCCGCUCGUCCUCCUCCUCCCUCACGCUGCACGUCCCCCUGGUACUAAGGGACGGGACAUCUGGCCUGACCUCCACUGGGACGGUCACCGUGUCUGUUUGCCCCUGCCUGAGAGGAGGGGCCCGGGCUGGGGAGAAGGAGAGGCAGACGGAGGGAGACUGGGAGUGGGAGAGAGAGACGGUGUGUGUUCCCCAGCAGUCCACCUCUCCUUCCCCUGGGCUUAGCACCGCCGCCCUGCUGGCCAUCCUGGCCUGUGUUGCCACUCUGCUGGCGGUCAGUGCCUUGUCCCUGUCCCUCCGCCGUCAGAAGCGGGACUCUCUGUCCCCCCUGGAGGAGGACGAUGUGCGGGAGAACAUCAUCACCUACGACGACGAGGGUGGGGGUGAGGCCGACACGGCCGCCUUCGACAUUGCAGCGCUCCAGAGCGCCCCCCACAGCUCGCGCAGGGUAUACCGCACCCUGGACAGCAGGAACAUACGCUACUCCCAGCACGUCCAGGACAAAGCCCAGUCUUACAGCUGGGCCCAGAACCCAACCCUGGACCCGGCCUACUCCGGCCCUGGAGGGCCCAUGUACGGCCGCCUCUGCUACAGCAGCCAUACCUUACCUGUUCUCCGACGUACUCCAGGGAGCCAGUUUGAGCUGGGCCUGGCUGAGCUGGCCUACCGCUUCCCUGGGGGCCAGCCGGACCACUCGUUGGUCAUCCAGAAUCAGGGGGCCAUGGUGGGGGCCCUGGAGCCAGGGGCCGUGUACAAAGGCCCAGCUGAAAUGAGCAGCAGAGAGAGCAGAGACGGAACGGGCCCGCAGGGCGGGGUUAGCACCUCAGAUGGAGGGACACCGCGGACCAAUGACAGCCAGGAGAGAGGCGGAGGGGGAGCUAUGAGCAACUGUACAGAGAACAGCAGCGAGCAGCAGAGCCAAAGCCAGGACUCAGUGGACUUGGUCCAGUCUGAGACCCUCCCCCGGGAGAGGGAGCACAGCCUGGUCCUGACCCGCUCUGGCUCCGUGGUUGGUCAGGGAGGUGCCUGGGUGUGUGACUCGGCCACCCUGCCCAUGGCGGGCCGCAGAGCCUCCCGCGCAGGCCUCUCCCCCAAACGCUCCGGCUUAGCUGAAGGAGGUUCCUCUGGUGGUGGAGGCCCUGGGGCGAACGGCACAGACAGCAAGUCUCAGCAGUCAGCCGCCCGCAACUACACCAGUGUCCUGCAGGGGGAGGCAGCGGGACAGAGGCAGGACUACCCUGGGAGCAUGGGGAGGGGAGGGCUGGAGAUUGGCAGCAACUUUGUGGUGGCCAGGCCGGACAGGGAGGGCGGAGGGAUAUCUCUGACUGGCACUUCUUGCGGGGGGAUUUACCCAGAAGGGUUCAUGGCUGACUGGCGGGACAGGGUGGGUAUUGGGGCAUACAUUUUAGGAAGAAGGGAUAUGACCCCCCAGAUGCUGCCCUUCCCAGGGCAGCCCAGGGGUGCAUAUGGGGGCAUCAUGGGGUACGGGGCAGGGUGGGUCCCAGGGAUAGAGGCAGGGAGAGGGGGUCCAGUACCAGGUGGUCACUCCUUGGCCCUCAGGGUGGGUGAGUUCCUCCGCCUUCGUCUGGCUCAGGUCACCUUUGACCCGUCGCAGCCUCCCUAUGAUUCAGUGCAGGUGUACGGGCUGGAGGGCACAGGGUCACGUGCAGGCUCCCUCAGUUCGCUGGAGAGCGAGGGAGAGAAGGAUGCAGAGAAGGAGGAGUGGGGAGGAGGACUGGAGGAGUGGGGUCCACAAUUUCAGGAGCUAGCCAAGCUGUUCCGAGAUAGGGAGAAAGAAAAACAAGAGGAGACGGAGAAGGAUGGGGAGGGAGGAGUAGAGAACAACAAAAAAGAGGAUGAAAAAGAGGAGGGGCAGAAAGAGGAGCUGUCUGGAGAUGAGGGGAAAGACAGAGGGAGAAGAGAAAAAAUGAGAGAGAAUGAGGGAAGGGUGGAAGAAUGAUUAAAAGGCAAGCAGAGUUAGAAUAAUGGGAAGAGAAGUUAACGGAGAGAGAGAUGAAGAGGGAGAAUAAUAAAAAGAGACAGAUAAAAAUGAGCCCAGGGAUGCAAGGGCAGGGGAGGGAGUGAUUGAUGUAAUUUAAAGCAAUAAGUGGUGAAAGGCUGAUACGUGUGAGCACAGAUACUGAGACAAUGUGCAUGAUGUUUCUCCACUAAGCAGCAACAAUUUGUUAAGUGGUCUGGACAAAGAGAAACAACUUAAACAUCCAAGACAGGAUUUUCAUUCAGCUCUACAUCUAUAGAAAUAGAAAGAGAGAGGGAGUAAGCAAAUGUGUUUCUUUGUUUGCAUGUGUGUGGGAUGAGGGUGUGUAUGUGAGAGAGAGAAAUAGGAAACAAAUUAUUAUUUUAUUUUUUGGGGGGAUGUGCAAGCAAGACCAAGGAAGUAUGGAAAAUUAGGGUACCACACGGAGGAGAAGGGGAUAUAGAAGAAAGACAAAGAAGGAGAGAGUGAGAGAGAGGGGAAGAGAGAUGAUUGCGCAGAAACUGUUGCAUUCACACCGUCCGCAGAGGCAGAAAAGUGAAUAAUUCAACUCACAACUUCAUUCCAAAUAAAAAACGAUCAAUCAUUUAAAUCGCUGAAAAAGUCGUAUCACUGGAAAAUACACAUUGUGAGAAGAAAAAAAGGGAUAUGAUAUUCCCAGGCUUAGCUGAGUGUUGUUGUGUUUACAAACACAGGCUAGACAUUUUUCUUUUUAAAACAUUACAUUUACAUUUACAUUUAAGUCAUUUAGCAGACGCUCUUAUCCAGAGCGACUUACAAAUUGGUGCAUUCACCUUAUGACAUCCAGUAGAUGUUUAUUUUUGGGGUGAAGCUUGCAUUCAAUUGCCACACUCUAUUGCACAGAAAAGCUCCCAUUCCCCCUGUCACAAGGGGAUUUAUGGCUGAAUUAAGAUGAAAUUGUCCACCCUGUUACGGUCCACCCUGUUACGGUCAACCCUGUUACGGUCAACCGUGUUACUUUAUUUGGAACUUAAUAGGCACUUACUAUAUAGUUUUUUUUUAUUAACCUCUUGAGAUGGGAAAACAUGUUUUUUAUCAAGAUUUUAAAAAAUCUGUAAUUAGGUGGAAUCAAAGUUUAUUAUGACCAAGUUACACUUCUCAAAAAGCACCGAAUUGAUGGAACGACCCACAACACCCACACACACUAAAGACUAAUUUGUGUUAACAGGCAUUGAUUGUAUAAUAAAUCACGAAAGCAAAAGUAUUAACAAGAUGCAUUGAAUCUAUGUAUGAAUCGAAUAAAUCUCUUCUAAAUCGAUUAUUUUACUGUAUGUAGGGAGGAGAGGAGAGACAUGACAAUUUUUUUAUGCAAAACCUCCAUCUACUCAAUCAACAUGUCUUGAGGACCAAGUCUGCAUGAUUUGAGAACAAUCUCAACCAAUCUCAACCGCCUAUUCACACUCUGAAAACUCUUAACCGUCCAAUCCGUAACUUCCAUUUAUCAGUGAAGAGUGUCAGAAUGAAAACCAGCAGGCCCAGCGAACAGAAACAACUGGGCCCCGUAAUGGUCAAAGGUUAGAGGUUAAUUUAAGAAUGAGCUGGGAUUUCAGCUGGAAUGCACUUUUAUACUGUGUGGUGUUCAAUACUAGACUACGAAUAAUGUCAGAUCAAGUUUUUUUUUUUUACGUUUUUUUUUUAAGAAGAUGUCUAUGGACGAUAACUACUGUUCUACUGUAUGUGAAUGCAUUUGUAAAUAUCAGCGAAUAUCCUUGUUAAAAGAGAAGAUAAUUGUCACAACAACAAAAAAAAAAUGUACGUGGAAAAACUGUCACGUUUGAACAGAGCACUGUUGGGACAACUUAGACCUGGCCUAGAUUAAUAUUUCAACCAGACUGGACUUGAUUUACCUGACCCUGAACUAAACUGGCACAAUGUACUUUACAUUAGGACAGACCAGAAUAUCGUGUGCCUAACACAACAGUCUUGUGGAAAAGCAAAGUAUUCAAAUAGGUCUUUAACCUGGCAAAAAAGUGUUUUGCGGAACAUGAGCACUCGAUUACUUGUCAGGUACUCUGCUUCACCAGCCAUGUAUCUGACAAGAACGAGAAGCCUGGUGUGCUCGGCUAUGUGAGGUAGCUUUCUAAAGCCAGCAUUUCGAUGAAUUCCGUUUCCGUUGAAAACCAUUUAACUGGACCAGGAAAACUGCCCGAUGCUGUGUUCUAUUCUCCAAUGCAAUUGUCACAACCCGUUCGCUGAAUUGACUGGAGCUGUAAUGGAACCGACCCCAAAGAAUACAUAUAGUGUCCCCGAGGCAGCAAAAAGAGACUCCUGUCAGCUCAGACUUUAUGUGCCAUGCCCAAAAGUUGUGCACUGUUAACUUAACAUUGGCUCAGAUUGUGACAAACCCCUAGUGAAAAGAGAAAGUCGACACGAUCACCAUAAGAGUCCACAAUCACACUGUGUCCCUGUGUAAGGUCCUGUUGAAAUACUUUUAAAAACGCACCCUUCAUCUCUCCAUACCUCGGAGCUAUCACUGAUUUGACAAGUCAAAGCGAUGAAAGGGAACCCUUCCUUUCACCUAUCAAAUUGGGUUUAGAUCCGUUAUUAUCACUUUGAGGAUGGGCGGAAGAAGGGAUGCGUUUUGAAUGUAUUCAAACCGGGCCAAAGACUUGACUGGACCCUGCCAGGACUACUGUAGUAGUGCACAAUCUCUGGGGGGGAGAGGGGAGCGGGACCCUGGAGAAUGGUCUGACCAGGCUCCAGCCCUGAUGUGGCUAGCCUCCUUAGUAUUGUAUAGUCUCGGCACCAUAGUGGAGGCUAUAGAGAAGGGUUAUUCAAUUCUUACCCUCCGGAACCUAGUGGUUUUCUGUUGUAUCUUAUAAUGAAUUGCCCAGGUCUACAUUAGUCCCUGAUUAGAGGGGAACAAUGAAAAACACAAUGGAACUGGCUUAGAGGUCCAGAGUUGAGUUUGAGGACUAUAGAGGUUAGCCCUACCAGGGCCAGUCAAGCCCUAUUCACAGGGAAUAACCACAUACACCUGUAAAACACCCUCACAUACGCUGUGGAAUAUGUUAUGUAGUUCACACCUAUAAAUAUAGAUCAUGUAAUAUAUGUGUGUGUCGUAAUUAUAAACUGAUUGGUGCCUCAUCUACUGUGACAUAAUGACUUAUGUCCCCCGAAACAUGGUUAGCCAGCGCCGAUUGGCUCUUGGUGUUUUGCUUGUGCUGAUUGGUCUAAAUCAGAGUGAUGCUCCAGCUGAUUGAUCUGUAGAUGGCGAGGCCUUGGCUUGUAGUGCCGCCGUCACUUAACUACUUGAUUGAACUGAUUAUGUCACCUCCGGAGGAAAGGAAUCGAAACACCAAAUUGGUCCAAUCAAAGGCAUGAUUAGUUGAAUCAGUCGCCUCCUGUCGCAGGGGCACUCCAGGAUCGGGGGUUUCCUAUUCCUGGUCAACCCCCCCCCCCCUCACUUUAGUCAGAGAAGAAAGUGAGAUUGUCAGGAGAUUUAUCAAACCAUUUACCCACGCAAUUAAAUGCAAAUGAAAAUACACUGCAUUUAAUGACAGGUCCUGACAUGCUUUACAUGUAGUGUUUCAGAGGUGUGUGGUUGUAUUCUGUGUGUGUUCUGGAGGGUAGAAGGUCAUGAACAUUGAACGCCACCAGACGACCCCAGGUUCAGUCUCCCUUUGGGACUUCAUCACUCCUGCACGAUGUUGAUCAAAUUCCAAGAUAGCGUGCUGAAUAAAGUAAAUGUAUUUAUUAUGUUGUAUUUUUCCUUUUAUUUUUUGUAAAUUUGAAUAAAAAAUCAUAUGUUUUAAAGAGA